GGAUGAUCGGGACAUGUGACAGCCGACGGAAGGAAUACCGAGCGCGCGAUCGCGGUUACUCCUUCGCGCAGCGCCGUCGGGGAAGCACACUCAGCGCCUACGUCGGUCGGUCAGCGGUUCCACCUCUCGGUCAAGCUCUGAAGGACUCUCCGAAGGACUCUCCGAAAUGCCUUUGGAAAGCGGCCACGAAGCAGCACCUCUGGAAGGGGAGGAACUCGAGCGCCAGGAGAAAGACUACGUCGGGUUCAACCACGGCAUUGCCCGGUUCACUCCGGGGAACUGGUUCUUGCCCACCGCAUUCACACAGUUCGCAAAUAAGAUUUACAACUUUGAGUGGCAACCUAACGAUGUUUUGGUUAUGGGAUACCCGAGAUCUGGCACAGUCUGGUUACAAGAAGUCAUUUGGACCAUGAGGUGCAACCCUGACCUGGAUAAUCCCAUGGCUGUCCUACCAAUUCUGGGAAGAACACCAUACGUUGACAUGGACAUGUUGAUGGACGGCAAGAAGAUGCCCGCCAUAACCCCAGAAAACCCGAUGGUGAAGGCAUUCAUGCAGCUGUGCCCUGGUGGAAAUCCUGCUGAUGGCGUGUGUGUGCAAAUAGCUGCCGCAACUCCGGGUCUCAGGACUAUCAAGUGCCAUCUCCCUCUUUCUCUUCUCCAUCCUAAGACGCUGACCAAAGCCAAGGCCGUGUAUGUAGCGCGCAACUGCCGGGAUGUGCUUGUGUCCAUUCACCAUCAUUGUCGACUACUCCCCACUUUUGGAUAUAAAGGAUCAUUGGAGGAAUUCCUUCCAUAUUUCAUGGAUGAUGAAGUGGUUUAUGGUCCUUAUUGGCUCCACAUCAAAGAAGCUUGGGAGAAAAAGGGAGACCCAAAUCUGCACUUUGUUUUCUACGAGGAUUUCCAAAAAGAUGUCAAGGCAGAAGUCAAGAAACUGAACGAGUUUUUAGGAACUGGUCUGACAGAAGAGCAAAUGGACAAGGUGAUAAAACACACCAGUUUCGAAGAGAUGAAGAAACGGGACAACGUGAUAGGACCCAAGAGCAGCGAGAACCCGAUGAUGGACCCGAAAGUAGUCGAGGAACAUGGAGGCUUCUUCAGAAAAGGUGAAGUGGGAGACUGGAAAUCGAAGCUGUCCGCAGAGACAGUGGAGAAAUUAGACAAAUGGAUACAGGAGAAGCUCAGCGAUGUACCAUUCAAGUACACCGUCUAAUCCAUCUACAGGCUCAACAGGGGGCUUCCUUCUUUGUUUUUAUAACACUAUGUGUAUAAUCUGCUGGCUCGAACCAAUCACAAUGCAUUGCGUGUUGUAUAAAACUGGCCCCAACUAAAUAUUUGAAAGAGGCACUUACUGUUGAGACUAUAGGGUAACUGCGUACGUGUAUGCAAAUAUGUAGUACAUGGGUUAACAAACAUUUAUAUAUGUAAUACAUAUAUAUAUAUAUGUAUAAUAUAUAUAUAUAUAUAUAUAUAUAUAUAUAUAUAUAUACAUACAUAAAUAAAAAGUAACAAUUGUGAAAGAUGCUAUUCCAUAAUUACACACACAUACACACACACAAACAUGUAUAUAUUAUAUAUAUAUAUAUAUAUAUAUAUAGAAAUGAAAAGUAACAAUUGUGAAAGCUGCUAUUCCAUAAUUUUCCUAAACACAAGGGAUGGAUAUCUGGAUAUUUGCCAUCACAAUGUCACAUAGGCAUAAAUAUACGUAUGCACUCAGUAAUUAAUACAAUCCCAUUUUAUCUUUAUUUUGAUUACAAAUAUUGGUUUUCUGUCUCAAUUUUGUUUUUGUUGUCUAUUUUAGCAAUUAAGCAACUAGUGGAUUAUGAGUCUCGCAAGUGGGAAAAGAACAACAUACAACAAUUCA